CAUUCACAGUUCAUUGUGGGCAACUGUGCCGGGUGUCAGAGUUGAGGAAUUUUCCGAAUUUGUGAUCCAGUUUCCACCACACUGUUUUUUCGCUUAUAUUUUCGGUUUUAGUACAGUGGCGGUGCAGUGUAGAGUUUGCCGUGAACGAGUAACCCAGUGAAGCGUUGAGGUUCAAGUGGAUACCUCGAAAAUCUUGCUGUGGAUUAGUAACGCAGUUACGCCAGAAAGUCCGGCCAGUUUUUGGACCAAGAUGAUGCUGUUCGUCGUGGCAACAGCGUUGCUUGCGCUGACCCAAACCAACGCCAUCAACGUGGCCACCUCCUACAGCGUGAUCCAUCACGAGCAACCGCAGGCCCGUGUCCUAUCCAAACCCUCUCUGUACGCACCCUCGGCACAUCUGGUCCAUUCCAGCCCACAUUAUGCACCCCUGAUCGGUAAAACCAAGUACACCGUUCCAUUCCUGAGUGCCUACAAUCCGGUCACCCAAUGUCCAGCACCCCCAGUGUGCUCGCAUUCUCGCUAUCGUACGCUGGACGGAUCCUGUAACAAUCUGCAGAACCCAACCUGGGGAACACCAAACCGCCCGUAUGGCCGUCUGCUGACUCCGAAAUACGGCGAUGGCAUCUCCACUCCAACCACUUCCGUUACCGGUGAAGAGCUGCCCAACGCUCGUCUCGUUUCGCUCAUCGUCUUCGGUGAGGAGGACGUCCCAGACCCACAAUUCACCCUGGCCAACAUGCAAUGGGGACAAAUCAUGACGCACGAUAUGAGUCUACAGGCUGGCGGUACCCAAUCUAAAAAACACGCAACCAGAUGUUGUACCGAUGAUGGAAAAUUGAUCGGAAAAUCCAACGCGCCGAGCACCUGCUAUCCAAUCAUCGUCCCAGAUAACGAUCCAGCCCACUCGCAAACCGGAACCGAAUGCAUCAACUUUGUCCGUACGCUGACCACUCGUCAAGACCAGUGCACACCAUCCCAUCCCUCGGAGCCAGCCGAACAGCUUACAACGGUUACCUCAUGGUUGGAUUUGUCGCUAGUGUACGGUAACUCUGACCAGCAAAAUGCCGGACUCCGUGCCUUCCACGGAGGACGCAUGGCUACCGUUGUCCGUGACGGCUACGAAUGGCCACCGAACAGUCCGAAUGCCACCACCGAUUGUGAUCUGGUUUCUCGCAAUGAAGUUUGCUACCUGGCCGGUGAUUCCCGUGUCAACCAGAACCCAGGCUUGACCAUCCUGCAGAUUAUGUUGCUUCGUGAGCACAACCGCAUCGCUGACCAGCUGCAGAAGUACAACCCGCACUGGGAUGACGAACUGCUGUUCCAGGAAGCCCGCCGUAUCAACGUUGCUCAGUAUCAGCACAUCAACUACUACGAAUGGCUCCCAAUCUUCCUCGGCAAGGAAAACAUGCUCAAGAACCGCCUGAUCUACAACGCCAAGGGAGGUGACUACAUCAACGAUUACGACCCAUCGCAGGACCCUGCCGUGCUGAACUCCCACUCCACCGCUGCUUUCCGUUACUUCCACUCUCAGAUUGAAGGACGUCUUGACCUCGUAUCGGAAGUCCGCAAACCAACGGGAUCCCUUCGUCUCAGCGACUGGUUCAACCGACCCUCCAUCAUCGAAGCCGGUGACAACUACGACUUCCUGACGCGCGGUCUUGCCACCCAACCCGAGGAACUGGCCGACAUUAACUUCGACGCCGAAAUCAAACACUUCCUGUUCCGUCGCGGUCGUCCCUUCGGAGGAGAUCUGCGUGCCUUCGACGUUCAACGUAACCGUGAUCACGGUCUUGCUGGCUACAACGAUUACCGUGAGUUCUGUGGUUUCAAGCGUGCACACUCCUGGGAAGACCUUUUGGAUCUGAUCUCCGCACAAGACGUCUCCAAGCUGCAAUCCCUGUACAACAGCGUCGACGAUAUCGAUCUAACCGUGGGAGGUUCGAUAGAAGCUCACGUCAACGGUGCCCUGGCUGGUCCGACAUUCCUGUGCAUCCUGACCGAGCAGUUCUACCGUACGCGUGUUGCCGAUCGGUUCUUCUACGAGCGCGGAGACAAGGAGAUCGCCUUCACCCGGGAACAGUUGGCCGAACUGCGUAAGGCCAGCAUGGCGCGUCUGUUCUGCGACAACGGUAACCACGUUGCCUCGAUGCAACCGAAGGCCUUCUGGAGACCGUCUUCCCACAACCAGGUCGUGCCCUGCUCGCAGAUCCCCGAGGUCGAUCUGAGCAUGUGGAAGGACCUGUCGCACGAUAACAGCCUGCACUCUUUCUACUACUAUCAUGAUUAUAAGAAAUAAGCUCCGUACUGAAGUGUGCGUGUGUGCCGCAAAAAGCCUCAUCUACUGCCACAUUCUUCUUUCCCUUUCGCAUUAGAUCUAUCUACCUAAAAUAUUGCUGUCGAUUCAUUAUUUUUUGGCUUCUGAAUAACUGUGUGUGUGAUAUUUACCCAUUUUCUGAAUAUUCUGCUGUGGAAAUGUAUAAAAAAGCAAACCCUAAAACAAUCACGCUGUUAUCUACGACAUUUGUUCAUACUCAAACAGAAGCUACCUACGAACGAAAAGUUACCCGAACGUUAGAAUAUCGUUUGCCAUAAUGCUGUAAGUGGGAUUAAAAACUAGAAAGAUAGCAAAAAAAAAUAGAGCGAAACCAGUAACAAAGUUCCACAGGGAAAAAUAGGUUACCGUAGAAACAAUCCGGAAUGUAGAUUCAGGCAUAGGACGCAAAAUUACAUUUUACAGCGAGUCCCCCCAUCGUAUACAUAAAAACCAUUACCGCUAGCUGAUAGUAGUGCUAUGUUUUGUUUAGACGUAUUUAAUGUUUAGUGCAAGUGUACAUGUUGAAAUGUAACGUAUGUUUUGUUGUGAAUA